CUCCUCCCAGUCGUGCCUGUCGCGGAAGGAGCGCUUUAGUAACUCGUCGGUUUAAUUUGCUCGCCUAUCUACCGAAGGAAACAACUUUUAUACAAGGUCUUUCAACUGAACUAAAACGCACUGAUGCCAAAAGAUGUGAAAAUGUUCGGUCCUCCGUCUGCUCCAUUGAAACCUUUCAUUCGACACGCUGUGACAACAUGUUAGCGCCCGACUGACCUUCGACAUGGAUCCCGAAGAGGCGGAGCUGCAGAACGACUACCGCUAUCGCAACUAUGCGGCGGUCAUCGAGAAAGCGCUGCGAAACUUUGAAUCGUCCAGCGAGUGGGCGGAUCUCAUCUCUUCUUUGGGCAAGCUCAACAAGGCCCUGCAGAGUAACCUGCGCUACUCCCUCCUGCCUAAGAGGCUGGUCAUCGGCAAACGUCUGGCCCAGUGCCUUCACCCGGCCUUACCCAGCGGGGUGCACCUCAAGGCUCUGGAGACCUACGAGGUCAUCUUUAAGAUUAUUGGCACAAAAUGGCUGGCCAAGGAUUUGUUCAUAUACAGUUCGGGUCUGUUCCCGCUGCUAGGCCAUGCCGCCAUGGCAGUGAAGCCGGUUUUGCUGACGUUGUACGAGCGUUACUAUCUGCCGCUGCAGAGGGCUUUGCUGCCCAGUCUUCAGGCUUUCAUUACGGGGCUGCUGCCGGGCUUGGAAGAGGGACUGGAAGUCAACGACAGGACGGACGCCCUGCUGCUCAAGCUGUCUCUGCUUGUGGGUCCGCAAGUGUUCUACGGAGCCUUGUGGGGUUGCAUUCUAGUCAGCCCUACGGUGCGCCUACCUGCCACGGUCUUCAUCGUGGCGCACUUCGACCGCACUUUGCCACUGCAACAGCGGAAACACAUGCUCGGUUACGACCGCCGCCUGGCGAUGAAGUCUGUAUGUCUUUCCCUGCAAGACUCCAAUGUGCUGGUACAGAGGAAUAUGCUGGAAAUUCUGCUCUUCUUCUUCCCUUUGGCCACUUCCCUGGACCCAGCAAAGGCCAUCGUGGUCGUGACCACGGAUGACAUGACUACAAUGGUUUCCGCCGCAACGCUCACAUUACUCCGCAGGGACAUGUCCCUAAAUAGGCGCCUCUAUGCAUGGCUUCUAGGCACAGACAUCAAAGGGGAGAUGGUUGCUCCACAUCCAAGCAUGUCUUCUUCAGCAGAGGAACAUAUGUUGUUUUACUUCAACACAUACUCCAAGGAUCUUAUUGUGAAGGGUCUGAUUAACAUCCUCAAACAGAAGGAUGCCGAGAGCAAACCGGAGAACGUGAUUGGCUACCUCAGGCCUUUUCGCAUCAUUAUCAGCUUGCUGGAUAAACCGGAGUUGGGCCCAGCGGUGUUGAGCUGCGUGCUGUUGGAGGUGGUCCGAGCCUUUUACGGCUACUGUCGGGAGAUGCUGGGCGCAGAUGCCAGCACCAGGCUCUCGAGUAACCAGUUAGCCAGUAUGAUGAAAGAGAACAAGAACGCGUCGGAGAUCAUCAAAACCAUGAACAUGCUGGUGAGCUCCAUGAACAGCGAAUACCUGUGGGAGUACAUGACACAAUGCUUCUGCAAGUGUCUCAGUGACGACAACAACGGUCCGCCCGCGUCUCAGCCAGACAGCGAUUGUCCUGCUCCUUCCCUGGCAGAAAUGUCCGCUCUCAUCAUUUUUCUGCUCGAUGUUCUUCCUCUGGAACUUCACACCGAUAUUCAGUCCCACUUGUUACCCGAGAUGCUGGGCACCAUGUUGCGGAGCCUGCGCGCCCACAUGGACUCGGUCGGCUUGGAAGACGUCACGCAAGGCCUCCGCGCCUGCUUCAAGGUUCUAAGUAAGAUCCAGAUGCCCGUGGCGUUCAUGGACUUUGAAGCCGAAGACGACGCUAGCCAAACGGAGAUGCGAGCACAAACGGAGGCGGACCGUCUGACUCAGGAUCUAGAGAAGGAAAGCGAGGGAGAUGACGGCGUAAGGCAGCAUAACGGCCACCAUGCAGACGAGGCGGAAGCCGCCGACGCCGUUUACCCGACGCUCCGCUCGGAAGACAGCGGGCUGGGCGUCAGCGCCUCGCCGUCGGAGCAGCAUCUCCCGCCCGUCGGGGGAAACGGCAAAAAUGGUUACGGAGUCUGGAGAAAGGGCGGCAGCGUUCACACCACCACCCGAUGUCUGCAGGACAUCAUGGCUUUCAUAGCCACAAGACACCUGCUGGUACAGGUGGAAGAUGUUGACGAACGGGAGGAAAAGUUCAGCACCGCGACGGCAUCUGCCGCUCAUCUGACAUUAUUACGAAGCAUGAGCGGAUUGGAGAUUAAAGACAAACUGACAGAGAUUUUUACCCCGAACAAGCCGAAACAUCAGCCCGCUUGCGAAGUCCAACCGUCGGAGAAGACACCGGAGCCCGGCCGUCGUCCGGAUUGGGAGUCCGGGUACCGUCCGCGAAGCAGGUCCGAAAUCCCCGAGGCGUGUCGACAAGCCUUCGCGGCCACCUGCAACCUACUCUUGGAGUGUACCACCUUUCCUGUUUACCUAAGCGAAGAGGAGGCGCUGGCUCUCCACACGGACAUGUUCGGGGAAACAGGAGGGAAACGGGAGUGCUUGCCCCUUUGGCUGAGGUCUCUGAUGACGCUGUGCUGCACGUCAAAGGACCUCAAAAUCCAGCACAUGGCGGUGGCCUCUCUGUUGGAGCUCAUCAACCACUCCCAAUCGUUAGCGCUGGUCAUCCAGGACAAGAGGAGGCGCUACCAGAUGUCGGACUGCAACCCGCUGAGCGGUCAACUGCAGAUGGUCACCGUGCCGCCCAUUUAUCCCGCUUUGCUCAGGGCCAUAGAAGACGACACCGACUUUUACCAGAGGGUGGCCUUGGUGCUUUGGAACCAGCUGGACACGGAGCGCCGCGAGCAACACGCCGCCUGCGUGGAGCUCUUUUACCGCCUUCACUGUUUGGCUCCGUCGCCGAACAUCUGCGAGGACAUCAUCUGCCGGGCGCUGACGCAUCAGGAGAAGGCUGUUCGUCUGGAAGCCUUGCACCGCUUCUCCAUUCUCUGGCACCUGACCCGGGAGAUUCACACCAACAGGAACUGCCGCUCCUUUGACAGGUCUCUCUGCGUGGUGGUGGAGAGUCUACGCUGCACGGACGGCUCCAUCAGCGCAGCGGCGCAGUGCUGGCUGGUGCGGGCGCUGUCCCUCAAUGACGUGGUGCGGAUCCUGGAGCCCAUCCUGCUCUUGUUGCUUCACCCGUCCACUCAGCGUUGCUCCAUCCAGGCCAUUAAACAAAAUGUCACAGCAGGCAACCUCAAAAUUCUAAGCAACAGAAGCCGCUGGUCCGCCAAAGCGACGGACGCCGCGUCUACGGCGACGGAUGCCCGGGACUCUGAGAACGCGGUCGACCGAGAAUCCCUGUGGUCGCAACUGGACGGCGGACCCGAGCCGUCCGACCCGGACGACGCUUCGCCCGUGUCGGUCAGCGAAGGCGAGGAAGACGACGAGGCCGAGAGUGAGCGCACGGAAUCGGCCGACACCGGCGGCACUCGGCCGUCGGCGGAGACCUCCGAGGAGAGCUCCGCGCCGGACGGCCUGCGGCGGGCCGAGUCGGAGCGCACGCAGGCGUCGGACUCGCUGUCCAGCGAAGACGAAGAGGAUCUGGAGUUGGAGGCCAUGGCCAGAGCUCGUCUUUUGAAAGAGGAGCGCGAGAAGAAGGAGGCCAUCGGUUCGCUCUUCCAUCACGUGCUGAUCUACCAGGCGGUAGGCGGCUGGCGGCGGCUGCUCCGAGGCUUGGCGCUGCUGGACAGCCUGCUGAGGAGCAGCGCCGAGUGCCCCCUGGUGGAGGCCUUGUCCGCCACCUGCCUGGACGGCGGCGGCGGCGGCGCUCACCUCGACCUGGUUUCCAACCUCUUGCGACGCCACCAGCAGGCUCAAGACGGCCUGAGCUUCUACGAGCCUCCGUCUUCCCCUUCCGCCGCGCCGCCUUCCCUCCUUCUGGAGCUGCUCAUCGACCUGUGCCUGCGUUUCCUCCGCUCUCACUACUCGUCCUACCAGAACACGGGACCUCUGGACCUGCAGGGCAACCGAGACGUUCAGGUGAAAAGCGUGGAGGUGCUGACCCGCGUGGCGGAGCAGCUGGCCCGCGUGGCGCGAGGACAGGAGGGCGGCCCGGAGCUUGUGGGCAAACUGCUCGCCGCUUGUAAAGUGCAGGAGUACGCCUUACUGGCGCUUUCGGCUUCGAUGUACGUAAGCCAAAGAGGAACGUCCAAAGAGCCGCCGGACGAAGACGGCGGAUUGUCCGAGGAGAGUUUGGUCAACGUCGGGAAAGGGGAAGGGCACGAGCAAUAUCCCUUGCAGAUGGAGUUACUCAAACUGCUCCGCGCUCUCAUCGUCUUGGAGUACCACGCGUGGCCCGGCUCGGGCGGGGCUCCCGCCGCCCAAUCCCCCGUCGGCAACCCGCUGACCCGCGGAUGGCAGACGGCCGUCCUGUUUCAGCAGUCCAUCAAGGCGGCUCAGUACGUGCAAAGCCACCCCAUCACGGCCCAGGGGACGUUCGUUUCAGCCGCCGCCGGCGCACUGCGGCCGCAGUACGGUUACGCCAUGCACCCCCACUGGGUGGCGCUUUUGUGCUCCUCGCUGCCGUACCUGGGGCGCUCGCUGGGCAUCGUGGUGGCGCCCGUCAUCGCGCAAAUUUGCGCCAAUUUGGACGAACUGGUUAAGAUGUACGAGCACGACGGAGGAAGGGCCAAUCACAGACGAGACAACAUUGCUCCAGACUACCUUCUGACUCUUCUUGAAGGCCUGACUACCAUUAUGCACUACUGUCUAUUGGACAACAAAAGGACCUCGGUGACCUGCGAUCCCGUGGAUGUCCGUAACGCACGCAGCGCCGUACUGGAGGCGCUGCCGCAGGUGCUGGGUAGCAUGGCAUCGCUGUGGGGCGCGCUUAUGAAGGAAGAGUCCCACAAGCGGACACCUGACGCCGCGCAAAGCGGCAAACGCACAUCAUGCGUCUUCUUUAAAAGUCCCAAGAUUCUACGCCAGCGGAUAUUACAGUUUCUCCUCCCCCUGACGAGUCAGUACGGGAUUCCGCUCAUGGCUUCGCUGGGGGCCGCCUGGCACAGCAGAAAGAGUAAAAGGAGGCACGCAAACAAUGUUUUACCUGAGGUCAGUCCGUCUCGUCUAACUAUUGUGGAGCUGGUGAAGUCCCUAAACACCUUGCAAACCGACGCCAUCCUGCAAUUGGUCAAGGAAGUUGUGAAGAAGCCGCACCAGCUAAAAGGAGAUCAGAAGUCAACCUUGGUCGACGUCCCCUUGUUGCAGUUUACGUACGCUUAUAUCAGGAGCGUUCCAGCGGCCGUCUUGCAGGAGAACGUGGCCCCGCUCCUCAGUCUACUACGGGAGUCUGUCCAACUCAACUUGGCGCCACCAGGCCACUUCUUAUUGCUGGGCAUCCUCAAUGAAGUUGUCAAUCGACUCCCCAAUUUGGACAACAAGAAGGACACUCGAGAUCUGCAGGAGGUGACGCAGCGCAUCCUGGAGGCCGUGGGCGGAAUCGCCGGCUCGUCCUUGGAGCAGACCAGCUGGCUGAGCCGUAGCCUGGAGGUCAAAGUUCAGCCUCAGGUUUGUCCGGACGCGGAGGAGCCGGACGACGCCGACGCGGAAGCCGAACACUGUGAUUCGGUGGCUCAAGCCGGCACUAUGGUUUCAUCCUCGGCGCCGUCGGUGUACAGCGUGCAAGCCCUCGUGCUCCUAGCUGACAUUUUGGCACCGCUACUUGACAUGGUGUACCGCAGUGACGAGAAGGAGAAAGCGGUGCCUCUCAUUUCUCGGCUCAUGUAUUACGUUUUCCCCUACUUGAAGAAUCACAGUGCUUACAACAUGCCUAGCUUCGAGGCAGGCGCUCAGCUCUUGAGCAGCCUGAGUGGCUACGCUUACACCAAGAGGGCCUGGAGGAAAGAGGUCUUUGAACUCUUCAUGGAUCCCCUUUUCUUCACCAUGGAGUCCUCCUGCCUGCCCAGUUGGAAAGCCAUCAUCGACCACUUGCUGACCCACGAGAAGACCAUGUUCAAAGACCUGAUGAGCAUGCAGAGCGGCUCCCUCAAGCUCUUCGCCAGCGCGGACCAGAAACCCAUGCUCGUCAAGCGCCAGGCGUUUGCGCUUUUCAGCGGGGAAUUGGAUCAGUAUCAUCUCUAUCUGCCCCUCAUCCAAGAGCGUCUGACCGAGGCUUUACGAACCAAUCCCGGCCCGGCGGUUUCGGCGCAGAUCUUCUUGAUGUUCCGCGUUCUCCUGCUGCGCAUUUCGGCGCAGCACCUGACGUCUCUUUGGCCCAUCAUGGUCACGGAGCUGAUUCGCAUCUUUGCACGUCUGGAGAAAGCUCUUCUGAUCGAUAAAGAUGUCUCAAAGCUGGCCAAAGUGGUCCGAGGAGCCCACGACAGGAACGCUCCCGUCAAUUUCUCCCAGGCGGAGUUGGACAUGUACCUGUCGGCGUGCAAGUUUUUGGACACGUCUUUGGCCUUCCCGCCGGAGAGGAUGCCUCUCUUUCAGAUGUAUCGCUGGGCGUUUGUCCCGGAAGUGGACGUGACGCACUACAGCGGUCCGGAGAACGCGGUCCUCGAGGGCGAACAAGAGUGCAAACCUCACGUCGUCAGAAUACUUGAAGGAAUACGGCAACGUUAUGGGACACACAACGGGCUGAGUGAAGAAUCUACCACGGAGCCCCCCGAGUUCCCUCUCCUCACCCAGUGUUCCUUGACCUCCAUCACCCACUUGUUGCCUUUCCUCGGCACCCUCUGCUGUUCCUUCCAAGGUCUGCCCGGCGACAGCCACCCGCAAGUGGCCGACUACCCCGCGGCCAAUCCGGACCUGGUUUUGGAUCGGCUGGAGCUCAUCAUUGAGGAUGAGUUUCUGGACAACAUGGAGAAUUGAACCAAAUUCUAAAAAUGGGAUUUUUUUUGUUUGUUUUGCCAUUGCUGUUCAUUUUAAAUGUUUUAACUGAUCUGCACACGACGACGGCACGUCAGGGACACGCAAAGAGAAUAGGAGUGCUAAAAUCAAGCCCUAAUAGUACGAUAUUAAAGUCAUACAUUGUAAUACAGUGGUUAAAAAAGUAGGAAUUUAGGAGACCCAUAAAUUGGAAUACUACUUGAAAAAAAUAUAAUAUUCCAAGAUUCAAGUUGUAAUAUUACAAGAAAAUAGUCAAAGUAAUAUUACGUGACUUUUUCUCGCAAUGUUACAUUUUUUUCUCAUCACAUGACGUAAAAUGACUUCGUAUGACGACUCCAAUCUGGUAUUAUUACAACUUUAACCUUGUAAUAUUAAUAGUUUUUCCUCGUAAUAUAAUGACUUUGAUCUCGUAGUAGUACAACGUAUGAUUUUAUUCUCUGAAUAAACACAACAGAAAAGUUGUUAUAUUACGUGACAUUGUCGUAAGUCGGAGUAUUACGAGAUUAAACUUUUAAUAUGACUAGGAAAAAUGUUCGUAAUAUUAUAAUUCGUAAUUCCUUGUAACUUUACGACAAAUAACCUUAUCACAUUUACUUGUAACAUUACAGCUUUUUUUCUCAACACAUUCCGUGAAAUUACUUAGUAUAUGAAGACUUUUUUUUUUUCGUAAUAGUACGACGACGUUUUUAUUCUCAUAAUAUCACACCAAAAAUAUUGCGAUACAUGAAGUCAUACAUCGGAAUACGAGAUUAAAGUUGUAAUAUGACAAGGAAAACUUUUUAAUCCGAGAUUCGUCAUACCACCUAACUUUACGUAAUAUUAAAUUACGUUACGAAUUUUAUUCGUCCCUUUACGUGAAAUUACAAUUUAUCUGGUUAUAUUACAAUUUUAAUUUUGUAAUACGUCUUUUUUUUUCUCGUCAUAUGAUGACUUUAAUGUUGUAAUAGUUCAAUGUAUUAUUUUAUUUUCCGAAUAAUCACAACAGAAAAGCCGUAAUAUUACAAGACAAAGUCAUACAUCAGAAUAUUACGAGAUUAAAGUUUUAAUCUGACGAGGAAAAAAUUUACUCGCAAUACCUCAUAAUUUUACGUCAUUAAAUAAGAUUACGGCUUUUUCUUGUAACAUUACGGCUUUUUUUCCCUCAUCACAUUACGUGAAGUUGCUUUGUAUGAUUACUUUUUUUCUCGCGAUAUCGCAACAGAAAAAUUGUAAUAUUGCGAGUCGUACAUCGGAAUACGAGAUUAAAGUUGUAGUAUGACAAGGAAAACUUGUUAAUAUUCUGAGAUUCGCCAUACCAUGUAACUUUAAGUAAUAUUAAAUAACGUUAAGACUUAUAUUUCUCGUCACAUUAAGUGAAAUUACAAGUAAUCUGGUAUUAUUACAACUUUAAUCUUGUAAUAUUACGACUUUUUUCUUCGUAAUAUAAUGAUUUUAAUCUCGUAGUUGUACAACGUAUGAUUUUAUUCUCCGAAUAAUCACAUCAAAAAAAUCGUAAUGUUACGAGACAUUAAUUCAUACGUCGGAGUAUUACGAGAUUAAAGUUUUAAUAUGACUGGGAAAAAUUUUAAUAUUCGUAAUACCUCAUAACUUUACGUCAAAUGACAUGACUUUUUCCUUGUAACAUUACAGCUUUUUUUUUUUCAUCACAUUCCGUGAAAUUACUUAGUAUGACGUCUUUUUUUUGUAAUAGUAUGGGGUUUUUUUUCUCAAAAUAUCACAACAGAAAAGUAAUAUUGCAAUCCAUUAAGUCGUAAAUCAGAAUACUAAGAGAUUAAGGUUGUAAUCUGACAAGGAAAAAAUGUAUUCAUCAUACUUCAUUUAUCAAGUAACUUUACGUAAUAUGACUUUUUCUCGUAACGUUAAGAAUUUUAUUCCUCGUCAAAUGAUGACUCUAAUUUGGUAAUAUGACAACUUUUUUCUCGUAUUAUUACGAGAUUGAAGUCGUGAUAUCUCUUUGAGUGGCACCUGCGUCGUAGCACAUCAAUACACUGGAGUAAAAGGAAUAUAAUUUAAAGAAAAUGUGAUGUGAGGGGGUUUUGUUGGAAUGUUCUAAAUGACCAAUGUUGUUCAUUGUUCAUAUAAAAAAGGACCCCUCUAUUAAAGACCAUUUAGAAUAUUUCAUGUGUACUUGAAAGCAAAUAUUCCUGACCAAACUUGUUGUCUGACGGCGAGAAUGUUCUGUUUUGUCUUUAUAGUUGUUUACAUACCAAUUGAAGGGAAAUUGAAGUAUUCCGAGAUGGCUUUUACCCCUUUCUGUGUUUAAAUGUUUCUUUAUGAUUCCAAAUGUUAAAAUGACCAUUUCAAAGUUGAAAUAAAAGUUGCUAAUAAAGUGGUCACAUUUUGUUGUAUUGCUGCCACACUAGAAAAAUAAAAUACUGGACCCAAAAUCAUUUUAGUAGAUGCUUUGAUUAAAAAAA